UGUGAAAAGAUUUUAAAGGACUUCACUUGUGGAACCGCGUUGAACUUGUUAACACAAUGAAUUUGAAACACAAUAUUUUUCAACUUUAAGCGGAAUAAUCACACAACACUGAUGUUAAAAUGAAGAAGACCCUUUUAAUAAACGGACUGCUUUUGCUCUUUGUCGGACUCGCACAAGGGGCUUCAUUCUUUGGUGAUGGAUUUGUGCAGUUGAAAGGGACAGAGUCGUCUAGCCGUAACACGCUGCACGUCCGCUUCCGCACCUCCAGCCAAAGCGGCCUGCUUUUCCUAGCUGCAGGGCAGGCAGAUUACAUCCUGCUGGAGAUGAAUGCUGGCAGACUGCAGGCACGGUUGGACCUGGGCUCUGGAGAGCAGAUUCUUCUUUCCGACAGUGGCACCCAGCUAAAUGAUCUGGCCUGGCACAACAUACAGCUUCUCCAUGAAUACCACAAUGUCACACUGACUGUGGACAACCACUCCAAGAGCAGCUUGGGAAUGCCAGGUCCAGAACAGCAGCUGAACAUCAACAUUGGUCUGUAUGUGGGUGGUACCGGAGGUUUGGAUCAGCCCUAUCUGUCCAGUGAUCUCAAUGGCUUCCGUGGUUGUCUUGAUGAAGUUAUAUUUAAUCAGCACAACCUUCUCUCCUCACUGAGGCCCUACUCAGGAUUUAAGAAUGUCUAUGAGGUUUCUCUUGGAUGCAGCCCUCAGUUCUUUGCAAAUGAGGAUGAUCCAAUCAGUUUUUUCAGCUCGAGGGCUUACAUGUCCCUUCCUCCAUGGACUGCACAACAAGAGUGGGUUCUCGAAAGCUCAGUCCACACCUCGGCCGAAGAGGGGAUCAUUAUGUACAACUCUGCACGGCAGGGAGAUUUUGUCGCCUUGGAGAUCCAGAAAGGUCUUCUUGUUGCUGUGGUUGGUAAAGACGGCACUAAAACAGAACUACGUUCUCUCACCUUCAUUAAUGACAAUAAGUGGCAUGAUGUCAAACUCUACUUCACUCCGAAAAGCCUCCAACUCACAGUAGAUGGAGAGACUGUAAAGUCCAGCAUUAGCUCUAGAUCCAAAACCUUACACCUGAAAGGUUUGCUUUUUCUCGGGGGAAUCGAUGACAGCACACGUUCUGAGGUCAGAAAGGUUGGCCUUUCUUCAGUGGCAGGAAAGCGUGUUAAAGGCGGUUCCUUUAAAGGAUGCUUCAGGAACAUUAGAAUAAAUAAUGUUAAAAUGGGUCUCCCCAAUGCUGUGGUUUCUAAAGACAUCUCUGUUGGCUGUGAACCUGAAAAGGAGUUGGAGAUGAGCACCACAGUCAGCCCAGCAACUCUCCCUAUAACCCCUGCUAGCACUGUCACACAACUGCCUCUCACAGAUGUCUCCACCCUAGCUAAAGGUCUUGUUAAGAAGUAUGGACAUAAUUUUCUACAGCUUAAGAAUCUUGUUGUUCCAGAAGGUGGUCGGGCGUCAUUGGAUUCAAAGCACAUAAAAGUAAACCUCGAUUUUAAGAAACUUGGUAUCCGCCAGUCUCAGAUUAUCUUUAGGAUUGAAGAGCAGCCCGUGCAUGGUCAACUUAGGCUCGAUGUAGACCAAGAACAGGCAGAGAAUACAUUCAGCAUGUUGGAUUUGUGGCACGGCAGAGUGAUGUACAUCCACGGAGGAUCUGAAGACCCCCAAGACUUCUUUAUGUUCUCUGUGUUCUCCAGUAGCAGAAAGGAGGUUCCAGGCUAUCUAAAGGGACACAAGUUGUACCGAUAUAAUGUCAGUGUCACGCCAACCAACGAUGCCCCUGAAUUGAGUCUACCCGAAGGGAAUCUGUUUAUUCUUCUAGAGAACUCCAGGAAGAAGCUGACCACUGAUGUUCUGAAAGCCGUAGACAUUGAUAGCAAUUAUACAGAUCUUGUUUACUCUGUAUUAGGCAAUCUUAAUGCUGAUGCUGGGUAUUUGGAAAAUGAAGACAAUCCGGGUACACCUGUAACCUCUUUUUCUCACUCGUCCCUUAUAGAGGGAAAGAUCAAUUAUGUCCAUACAGGGGUGAGGAACUCCAGGAUUGUGCUGAGAGUAAGCGAUGGAGAGAAAGUGAGUAACACAGUGGUCCUCAGAAUCAUGGCAGUGGGAUUGGAGUAUAAAAUCUCUAAUAACACUGGCCUGGAAGUCAGUCAAGGGGAGAUGUUUCUGUUAAGCAACAACCAACUCGCAGUCUGGACAAAUACAGUAAAGCAGAUGGUUGAUAUUCGUUAUGAUGUGAUUGAGCCACCAAAAUUUGGUGAACUUCAAAGGCUUCACUCAAAUGGAGAGUGGAAGGUCACCAGUUCGUUUUCUCAACGAGUUCUUGAAAAGGAGCGCUUGCGUUACCUUAACACUUACCAGUCCAUCCAAACAAGUAAAAGCACGGAUCACUUCAAAUGUAAAGUCACUGUGGCUUCCAGAGCUACAGAGGAGUUGGUGUUUCCCAUUAGAGUAAAGUGGAUUAACUACACAUUGGAGAAGAAUGAAGCCAUAGAGCUGGAUAAAAUUACAACGGCUGUAAUUGACUCCCAGAAUCUAUAUGCAACAGCACACGGUGUAACUUUGUCUGAGGAUGAGCUUAGUUUCAGAUUGUUGACUGUACCAACAAGAGGAACGCUUUUAAUGAGUAAUACCAAGUUGGAUGUCAAUUCUACAUUUUGUCAAAGGAACAUCACCGAUCUAAAAGUAGAAUACAGACUUGUGAAAAGAUCGUUUGAGGAUACCAGCGAUGAAUUUGCAUUUCAGAUAGUCUCCAAGCAUGCACAUUCCAGUAGUCACAUUUUCAAAAUCAACAUUAAAGCAGAUGUUAACAGCAUUUUUAUGAAAAACAAUGGGUUGGCGCUUCUUGAAGGUGAAAGUAAGCUUAUCACAAAAGAUGACUUGUUUGCCGAAACUCUUAGCACUAGAGAUAUACACUACACUGUCACGAAGGCUCCACGGCAUGGCAAGCUAACACGAAUCAACUCGUCCAACUCUACAAAAGAGUUUUACAAUAUUCUUUCAUUUACCAAUCAGGACAUUCUAGAGGAACGUAUCAUGUAUGUUCACGAUGACAGUGAAACAAAUCUUGAUAGUUUUACCUUUAUAGCCUCCAAAAGUCCACUUACUAAGAAUACUAUGAUAGAAAAUGACAUUGGCCCCAAAGAGGGCAUCUUCAACAUCUCCAUACAGUUGGUGAAUGAUGAAAAACCCAUUCGCAUCGUAGACAAGGUUUUCCACGUUGUCAAAAAUGGACAGAGAUUACUUACCCUCGACGAUCUCCGUUACCAUGAUGCCGACUCAGACUUCAGUGACGGGCAGCUAGUCUACACCCGUCGAGGUAUCCCAAUAGGGGACUUGGUUCUUGCAAAUGACACUUCACAGAAGCUAUACCAGUUCUACCAGGAAGACUUGGAACAGAAACGGGUGUUGUUUAUUCACCACGGGAUGAAUUCCGGUCGCUUUGUCCUCUUUGUAUCGGAUGGCAAACACUAUGUUUCCUCCCUUUUGGAUAUUAGCGCCCAGGAUGCUUAUUUGAAAGUUGGCAACAACACAGGUCUUUUGGUUCAGAAAGGGCAAGUCAAGACCCUUAGCUAUGCUAACUUCAGUGUGGAUACAAACCUUGACAUCCGAAAUGACAACGAAAUCAUAUUCAGUAUUCAAGAGGCUCCAAAAAAUGGCCGUCUAUAUUUAAAAGGCAGUCAAAUGGAGUCAUUCACCCAGCGUGACCUGAGGAACGGCGACUUGUCUUAUCACCAUGACAACAGCAAAAAUCUGGCUGACGUUUUUACGCUCCAAGUGGAAGCAAAGGGAUUUAAGUGUGACGCACAAAUUAAUGUGAAGGUGUACCUGGAAAGCCAUCAAAGGCCACCUGUUGUCCUUCAUAAUAAAAUUUUAAUAGUAGAAGAAGGAAAACCAGUAAAGAUUGAGAGCAGUAAACUUAAGGUGACACAUGAAGCUAAUUCACCCGCAGAAAUAAGCUUCACUGUCAAAGUUCCUCCAUCUUAUGGAUAUCUGCGGCUUUUUCUUGAGGACCAGUACCAGGGUACAGAGGAGGACCAGUUGGUAAUCUUUUCCCAGCAGGAUGUUAAUGCUGGCAACAUUCAGUAUGUACAGGUCGCACCUGACCAGACGAAUGAUUCAUUCACUUUAGAGGCCAGCAAUGGGGUUGCAGAGGUCAGUGACAUAAUCGUGUCUGUGGAUAUUAUCCCACGCCUCAUACCCAUUGAGGUGUCUAAUAUCACACUGAAGGAAGGGGCAUCUAAAGCUCUCACUGAGGUGAUCAUCAAAGUCACCAACCCACAUUUCACCGGGCUUAAUUUUGUAUACUAUGUCUCUGAGGGACCCCUGCACGGCCGCAUCGAGAAUUCACGCUUCCCGGGGAUACCCACAACCUACUUUACAAGGAAACAGGUGGAGCAGGAGUUUAUAUAUUAUGUCCAUGACAACACAGAAACUUUAGAGGACAGCUUCACUAUCACUGCAAAUGACACAGAGCUGAGAAAACAUAGUGCACCAUGGACUGUUUAUGUGCAGGUCAUAGCCAUCAACGAUGAGUCUCCGGUCAUUACUGCCAACAAGGUCCUCCGGGUGUGGGUGGACUCAAUCACAGAGAUCACCCCUGAAGAUCUGAAUGCUGAGGAUGAGGACACGCCGCCUGAACAACUGGAGUACAUCAUUACCCAACCUAGCAAUGGUCAUCUGGCCCUCAAGAGCGCCCCCAACAGGCCAAUUAUGAACUUUACUCAAGCUCACAUUGUUCACCGGCAGCUGCUUUUUGUGCAUAAUGGUGCUAUGGCAGGUGGUUUCAACUUUCAAGUAAACGAUGGUGUGAACUUUGCCCCUAGGCAAAUAUUCAGUGUUAUGGCCCGUGCCCUGGUUCUUACUCUAGAGAAGGCUGGACCUCUUAAUGUGUUUCCAGGCUCUUUAUCUUUGAUCUCAAAAGAUCUUCUUCAUGCAGUAACAAAUGACGAUAGCAGUGCCUCAAAUCGAACCAUUCACUUCACUGUGAUCACUCCUCCAAAAUUUGGAAAACUGGUCAGUGUGCAAGCAGACAGGUCCACAGCAGAAAUUUCAUCUUUCACACAACAAAUGGUGGAUGAGGGUGAAAUCGCAUAUGAGCAAAGUCAUGCGACUUCUUUGGGAUGGGCAGCACUAGACAAGUUUACAUUUACGGUGUCAUCUCCUCCUGCUACCCUUGAAACCCAGACGUUCGACAUCGACAUUUCUUAUGAACAUGUUGGAUCUGAGCGAAGCUCUGUGCUCCUCAAAAAUAAAGCUGUGCAGGUAACUGAGGGAGACAAGGUGUUAAUUGACAAAUCGAUGCUGGAUGCAUCCAACCUCAUGACUAAACUGCCUGAAUCUAAGCACAGCUCUUAUGAGGUUUGGUACCAGGUCACAUCUCUGCCACGGCAUGGUGUCAUCAUCGUCGGGGAGCGAAAUCUCACCAAAGAAAAACCAAAUUUCUCUCAGUACAUUCUUAACAAGUAUGGAAUCACAUAUCAUCAUGACAACUCUGAGACCAUCUAUGACAAUUUCGACUUUGACGUCUUUCUCAACCUAAAGAGCAAACCACCAAACCGCCCCUUAGAUGACUCUGAGAUAGUGUCCGAAUCUUUCAAUAUCACUAUUAUCCCUGUAAACGAUCAGCCACCGGUUCUGAAGACCAAAGCCCCCAGCCUUAAAGUUGUUCAGGGUGACACCGUUGCUAUUGGACCCAACAAUCUAAAUGUUGUAGACUUAGAUAAUCCACCCAGUGAAAUCCAGUACACCGUGAUUAGCAAACCUAGCAAUGGUUUCCUCGCUAUCGCAGGGCACUUGGUGGAUGCCUUCUCUCAAGCUCAGAUUAAUAACGGAGAGCUGUUCUUUGUCCAUGAUGGCAGCCCAGCAUCUGGGGCGUUCUACUUCAGCGUGACCGAUGGCCAUCAUCGUCCGUUAUAUAAACUCUUCAACCUGGAUGUAAUCGAGAUCACUGUUUCACUUGUUAACAACACAGAAGUGCUACUGGACCAAGGACAGACCUCUGUGGCACUCACACAGUCACACUUAGCUGCAGUCACCAACGGUAAAAACACUACAGUUCAUUAUAAAAUUACAAUACCUCCGCAGUAUGGCAGACUUCUACUUGAUAAUGAGGAAGUCACAGUUUUUAAUCAAGGUGAUCUCCAGGUGCAAAAGCUAAGCUACCACAUGAUCAAUCUUUCAUCUUCCUAUGAUAACUUUGAGUUUACUGCUUUCACAUCAGAGGCAAAUCUAAGCAAUCAAGUAGUUAAUAUAACAGUGAAGCCACUCAUUAAGUACACAAAAGGGGCAAAGUUUGCAAAUGGAAUUCGAAAUAAGCUGAAGCCAGAUUUUCUGAAUGUCUCUGAACUGGCUUUGAUGAGCAGUAGUGACCCAUUGUUUGAAAUUACAUCACAUCCAGAACAUGGCAGGGUUAUCAGGACAACCAACAACAAGGGAAGGGAAGCCGAAUCUGUGGAGUCUUUCACUUUCGGCGAAUUAAAGCAGAAGAAACUGGCCCUUGAGUUCAAGGCGAACCUGACGGGACUCCAGGAAUUAAACGACUCAUUUGAAUUUGUGCUUAAAGCCGACAACGUCCAACCUGCCAGAGGGAUUUUCCCCUUUUGCAUUGUACCCUAUGUUCCUACGCUUGAGAUGUCAACGGUCUCAAUGUCCACAAUCAGACCUGUUUUUUAUAACCAGACAAUUACAAUGGGCCUUGCCCCUACCUCUACAUCUUCCACCGUGAGGCAGACUCAACAAGCGACCAAGUCUGUGUCCAAGUUAAAAAAUCGUAAUCGAUGGGGUAACUCAAACAGCAAUGACGUACAUACCACUAUCCCUAAACCAACGCAAGGGAAGGAGGAGAUUUAUCCAAUAAAUAAUACCCCAGUGAAAGUGGAAUCAGUAACCCAGACGGACUCCUCAAACUCAACGAUCAUCCUUUUGCCUCUGCUUGCUGUUCUUCUUCUGCUCAUCAUUGUUGUUGUGUUGACGCUGCUCUUAAGGCGGAACCGGAGGAAGAGCAAAUCAGUUCGUUCACAACCAACAGAGGAUCCAUCCAUUCAGGAUCAGCCCAAGUGGAGUGCCUCCGUCCCCAUUGUAACCGUCACUCCUCUUGAUCCAAGAAACCCUGGAAGUUCUCCCAUUACCAGACUGCAGACCAGAGGUGAAAACCCAUAUGACCAGGCCAUGUCUCUGUGCUCUUUUGAAAACCAGGAGCCAGAAUUUUCAACACUUUGCAGGACCCCAAACCCAACCCUACGAAACAAUCAGUACUGGGUGUGACCUAUGACCUUAGUGUGUACAGACCUAUUUAAGCUUAACAUUCAUCACUGUAUUGGAACUAUGCUGAUGACUGAUGUUGGAUUUUCUGUGUUUUACAGAGGGAAUUGGUAUUUAUAACAUUUGUUAGUGUAUGUAACACUUGGGUAAAGGGCAGUUGUAGCCUAGUGGUUAGGGUAGGCAACGUCGGUCCUGGAGUGCCGAUGUCCUGCAGAGUUUAGCUCCUGGUCUAAUCAAGCACACCUGAACAACUAAUCAAGGUUGAAAGUCACAUGAAAAAUACAGGUAGGGAAGGUUUUAUCACGGUUGGAACUCAAAUCUGCAGGACAUCGGCACUCCAGGACCAUCGUUGCCUACCCCUGGGUUAGAGUAUCAGGCUUGUAACCCGGGAGUUGGCGAUUCAAGGUUCACGACUGGCAGGUUGCCCUUGAGCAAGGCACCUUAACUCCAAUUGCUCUCCGGGCACUGCGGUGAUAGCUGCCCACUGCUUCGGGUGUGUUUACUAUUCAUUGGAUGGGUUAAAUACAAAGGUCACAUUCCAGGUACAGGUUACCAUACAUUGGCAAAUACGUCACUUUCACUUUUAUUUCUGAGGUGCCACAUUGCUGCAGGUUUAUUAAACAAUCAAUGCAAUUAAUGCCUGUUGGUUUUUGGAUAUAUUUUGCAUGCAUUUACAUACAGCAAUAAGAACAGCCCUGGUGUUAUACAAAAUGACACAACAAAUGUUCCUCUGUAAAACUAAUUUGUUAGUUGAAGAUGCUGGUGUUGUUAUUAAAGUUACUUGCUGAUUAUUUAAUAAUUGGAAGUUAUAUUAGAAAUCAUUCUGACAAUAGUAUUUUAAAUGUAUUAAGUUAUUUUUGUUGCUAUUUGUUAUAUACAUAUAUUGUUAUAUAUAUGUCAUUUUAUGGCCAACUAUUAUGCAAAAUCAACUGUGGACAUAAAUGUGUGUUGGCAGUGUGUAAACACAACCACAAUACAAUAACAAAAUCCACCAGUUCCUUUUUUUAAACUCCAUUAAACCAAAGCAGUCUCAUUAGACAUGCCAUUUUGAUUCUCUUGUUAAAGCAACACUAUGUAGUUUUUUUACCUUUAAAUAAUGUCUCUAAAAUUAUUUCAGUGAUAGAACAACUUUUAACUGGACAAAUUGUACUGUUGCUGCAACCUGAGCAGCCUCCUAGCUGCUACAAGCACACUCUGAAAGUGGUGGUGGAGGGUAGGAAACACAGCCCCGACCCUCCCCCUGCCUGCAGAAGAGUGUCUGAUACCAGGCACUGUUGCGCUUUUCAACCACAUGGGGGAGCUGUAAGUCAUUUUUACAUGGAAACUACAUAGUGUUGCUUUAAUAUGACAUCUGAUAAAGCCUCGCCUACAGCCACUGACUGACAGUCCUGCAUUACCAUAGUUUUCGCCCUCAGCGAGUUGUCAAUAUCCACCCUAUCCCAAUAGGGAGAUGUUGUAUAAUAUUGCAUUUUGGACAUGCUAUAAUAAAUGAUCUGUGGGGUAUUUUGAGCUGAAACUUCACAAUCACAUUCUGGGCACAUAAUAAGACUUAUAUUACAUAUUGUAAAAAUCUGUGCCCUUUAAGUUAGUUUUGUUAGAAAUAUCUUUUGCGUCUACCUCAGGUCAAAUGCCCUCAAUAGGUCAUAAUAAAGUUGAAAAAUAUUUAAAUGAAAUGUGACAUGAUUUUUUUGGGAAAACAUUAUGCGGUACUAUGUCUUUAUAAAUGUAUAAUAUUUUAAGCUUUAAGGAUGUUUAUUAUCGAUUCACAAAUUGUAUAUCUGGCACUGAUAUACUCACACUGUAGGUAGAAACGUGUGGUGUGCACAAUUUAAUGGCAUAAGUGUUGUAUAUAUUUUGGGUAUGUUUUAUUGAUUCAUUUUGUGUGUAAUAAUUUAACGUUUUAAUACUCUCAGGAAGUAAUACUAUACAUGGAGGUUGUAACACUUUAAAUAAUGAUGCAAUAUGUUAAAACCACUGGAUUCCUGGCACUUAUUUCCUUUUAUGGUACAUUUAAACACUGUAUUACUUGAAUUAAUCUACAUUAGGUGUAGUAAUUCAACCAGCUGUGGUCAAGAGUGAAUUUAUCAUUUUAUUUCACUACAUUUAGGCAUGUGGUGUGGUAUUUGCAGCUAUCAAUUAUGCUGUAUGUAGCAUUGUAACAUUUCUCUGCCCACUGUGACCUCUGUACUAAAUGGUAAUGUGAUUUCUAGUUUCACUGAAUAUAGAUAUCAUAAAGGUUGGUGCUCAGACUGAAUAUACUUCAUCUAUAGCAUGUUCAGUAUUUUUGAUCAUUGUAUAUUUUUCCUUAUGUAAGAGUCAUUUAUAUAAUACACUGAAUAUGUAUACUUGACUGUCAAUAA